CUUCCGCCACCAGCCGGAAGUGCCUGCUACUCGGGGCAGAGGAGCUUCCGGUGAGUCCGCGAGGGAGCUGCGGCUCACCAUGGCGAACUCUUUGGUCGGGAAGAAGAUCGUGUUUGUCACGGGGAACGCAAAGAAACUAGAGGAGGUCAUUCAGAUUCUAGGAGAUAAGUUUCCAUGCACUCUGGUGGCACAGAAAAUUGACCUGCCAGAGUACCAAGGAGAGCCUGAUGAGAUUUCCAUUCAGAAGUGUAAGGAGGCAGCUCGCCAGGUGCAGGGCCCUGUACUGGUGGAGGACACUUGUCUGUGCUUCAACGCCUUUGGAGGCCUCCCUGGUCCCUACAUAAAGUGGUUUCUGGAGAAGUUAAAGCCUGAAGGUCUUCACCAGCUCCUGGCAGGGUUCCAGGACAAGUCGGCCUAUGCACUCUGCACAUUUGCGCUCAGCACUGGGGACCCCAACGAGCCUGUGCGCCUCUUCAAAGGCCGGACCUCGGGCCAGAUUGUGGUGCCUCGAGGCAGCCGGGACUUUGGCUGGGACCCCUGCUUUCAGCCUGAUGGAUACGAGCAAACGUAUGCAGAGAUGCCCAAGGCUGAGAAGAACACCAUCUCCCAUCGCUUCCGGGCCCUGCUGGAGUUGCAAGAGUACUUUGGCAGCCUGACUCCUCCUGGGGCUGAGGCAGCGCAUGUUAUCUCUCCUCUGCGCCCUUGGUCUGCGGUGCAUUCGUUAAGCCCAAACCCUGUCCAGUGAUGUGAUGGCGUCUGUGAGCCAGGUAUUCUGUUUACUGCUGCUGCUCCCAGGUACACACGGGUCCACAAUCCCUGCUGCCUGCUGCUGCUGUUACCAACCGCCUAAGGGCCAAGCUGGGAACCUGACACCUUCUCCCCACAUGCCACCAUCCCUGCCAUCCCCGAGUGCUGCUCCAGGUGCAGGAUGGAAAUCUGGAACCUGUGUAGCAGUCAGGAUAGUUCAGAACUGCUGCUCUGACCCACACACCUGUUUCAGUCUGUUAUGGGAACUCCUAUUGUGGUGCAGCAGAAACAAAUCCAACUAGUAUCCAUGAGGACAAAGGUUCGAUCCCUGGCCUCACUCAGUGGGUUAAGGAUCUGGAUCCCACGUCGCAGGGAGCUAUGGUGUAGGUCGCAGAUGCAGCUCGGAUAGCAUGUUGCUAUGGCUGUGGCCAGUGGCUACAGCUGUUUCAUCCCUUAGCCUGGGAACCUCCGUAUGCCACGAGUGCAGCCCUAAAAACCAAAAAAAGAGAGAAAAAUCUCCUGUCAGGCUGCUGUGCAGCUGCCUCUGGGAGCCCGGGCCUUCCUGAUCUCCACACCACCAGCCACUGGCUUCUUCCUCAGGGCCCUUCCCAGAACACUUGCCGGGCGGGUGCCUGGCAACAUGGCAGCAUAGAGGCCUCCUGCAGUCGGAAGUAACAGCCCUUAGAC